AUGUCUACAAGAAGUACUAGCAGUUUCAAGUCACUGGGCCUUCCAAAGUGGUUGAUCGAUUCGCUAUCCGCGAUGAAAAUCACACAGCCCAGUGCGAUUCAAAAGGGAUGUAUACCGAAAAUCUUACAGGGCAGUGAUUGCAUUGGAGGUGCAAAGACAGGUUCUGGUAAGACCAUUGCAUUCGCGGCGCCAAUGCUCACAAAGUGGUCUGAAGAUCCAAGUGGAAUGUUUGGCGUUGUACUCACGCCAACAAGAGAGUUGGCCAUGCAGAUAGCGGAACAGUUUACGGCUCUAGGAAGCAGUAUGAAUAUCCGAGUAAGUAUCGUCGUUGGUGGUGAAAGUAUUGUUAAGCAGGCUUUAGAGUUACAAAGAAAACCUCAUUUCAUCAUUGCUACACCCGGUAGACUGGCACAUCAUAUUAUGAACAGUGGUGAGGAUACCAUUGGUGGUCUUAUUAGAACAAAAUACUUGGUUCUUGAUGAAGCCGAUUUUCUGCUUACAACUACUUUUGCGAAGGACCUUGGUGUCUGUAUAGGUGCUCUGCCUCCAAAGAGUAAAAGACAAACGCUUUUGUUUACUGCUACUAUAACAGAUCAAGUUAGAGCAUUAAAGGACACAGUACAACAGGAUGGUAAACCUCCAUUAUUCAGUUACGAAGUUGAGAUGGUUGACAACGUAGCUAUUCCAUCUACUUUGAGAACCGAAUACAUAUUGAUACCUGAAUACGUCAAGGAAGCAUAUUUGUAUCAAUUAUUGACCUGCGAGGCUUACAGUGAAUCAAGUGCGAUAAUAUUUGUCAACAGAACCACAACAGCUGAAAUUCUUCGAAGAGUUUUGAAAAAUAUGGAUAUAAGAGUAGCAUCUUUGCAUUCACAAAUGCCGCAACAGGAAAGGACGAAUUCUUUGCAAAGAUUUAGGGCCAAUGCCGCUCGAGUUCUGAUAGCAACGGAUGUAGCCUCUAGAGGUUUGGACAUCCCGAUUGUUGAACUGGUUAUUAACUAUGAUAUACCAUCUGAUCCCGAUGUUUUCAUUCACAGAUCGGGACGUACUGCCCGUGCUGGUAGGUCUGGUGACGCCAUUUCCUUUAUAACACAAAGAGAUGUCUCCAGAAUUGAGGCUAUCGAGUCGCGGAUCAACAAAAAAAUGGUGGAAUGCGGCAAAGUGCAUGAUACCGCUGUUAUUAGGAAAUGUCUAAGCAAGGUCACAAAAGCAAAGAGAGAGGCGUUGAUGGCAAUGGAAAAAGAGAAUUUCGGAGAGAGAAAGAAGUCCCAAAGAAAGAAAAAAGUAGAUCAGAAGGGAUUUAGAACAUAG